CUCACAGCUGUUCACUAUAAGAGGCUCAGUGCGCCUGCGCGGGAAAGUAAACUUCCUUCUGGGAUCUCAUAAAAUGGGAAUAUGAGGAUUCGUUGGUGCUGCUGCAGGUCUUUGGGCCGUGUGCGGACACACUUCUUCAUCGCCUCUAUACUGUUGCUGCUUCUGGCCGGAGUCUCUCUGACCUUCUUAUUGCCUAAUAAUGAGGACCGCAGCAUUCUCCUCAAGCUCCGUCAGAGCUCCAACAACUCACUCACUCUACUGGACCCCGAGGAUAGUUUUACUAUAAUUAUGCAAACCUAUAACCGCACUGAUAUUCUCCUCAAGCUCCUCAACCAUUAUCAAGCUGUGCCUUACCUGCAGUGCAUCAUCAUAGUGUGGAACAACCCUAGCGAGUUGCCGCCCAGGAAACUGUGGGAUGCCCUCGGCCCACACCCUGUGCCCAUCAUCUUCAAAGAGCAGAGCGUCAACAGAAUGCGCAAUCGCCUGCAGCCGCACCCCGAGAUCAAGACUGAUGCUGUCUUGAUGCUAGACGAUGACACGUUGGUCAGUGUUCCUGAUAUCAGCUUUACAUUUUCUGUCUGGAAGCAAUUCUCCGAUCAGAUCGUGGGUUUUGUUCCUCGUAAGCAUGUGAGCACAGCAUCCGGAGUGUACAGCUACGGCAGCUUUGAGCUUCAGGAUCCAGACAAAGGUGGAGGCGACAGGUAUUCAAUGAUCCUAGUGGGUGCAGCGUUCUUCCAUCGGCGCUUCCUGCAGCUGUUCCAAGAGCAGCCAGGUGAAGUACACGCUCUGGUGGACCAAACGCAGAACUGUGACGACAUCGCCAUGAACUUUGCCGUGGCACGUCAACUCUCACAGGCGUCCGGACUCCAGCGGCCCUCUGGGGUGUUCGUGAAGCCCGUAGACAUGCGGAAUCUGGAGAAGGAAGCCAGCAGCGGGAUCCAGAUUUUCAUUGGAUUUACCAAGCGGCAACCCAACAGUACAACAAUUGUUUAAUGAAAGUUUGAAAUGAAUAUCACUAUAAACUACACCGGAUCUGCUAUAUAAAAUCAUUUAUUUAACAAUGGCUACAUGGAGAAACAAUGAAAGUAAAAGAAUAAACACCAGUAGAUGUGUGAUUUACUGUACACGACUGACUACUGCAAAAAGAACCAAAAUAAAACAUGCCAAGAAUGUCUUAUCAAAUGUGCCUUCCUGAGAUGGUCUUUGAUCAUGGUUUCUAAUUUAGUCUUGUUUUUAAAGUCAUUUUCACUUCUUUUUGAUAAGGAUGCAGGAAGGGUGACAAAAACUAUUGUGCUUAGAAGUGCCCAUAACAUUAAUGUCUGAUUCAAUUUACACAACUUUAUGAGCACUUCUAAGCAUAAUUGUUUUUGUCGCCCUUCCUGCAUCCUUAUCAAAAAGGGGUGAAAAUUGACUUAAACGAGACUAAACUAAAAGCCAUGAUCACAGACCAUAUCAGGAAGGCACAUGAGAGAUUUCUCAGGACGUUAGAGCUCAGUCAACACCUACUUAAUUAUACACAGCCAUUAUAGGCAAAAUGACGAGCAAACAUUAGAAAACUUUUUUUUUUUCUUUUGUAUUCAUGUAGUCCGUCCAGUUUCAGCAUAUUGGGUUUCUGAAAGCUUGUGGUAUUUCCACAAUAGCCAUUUAAAUCAAGACCUUCUGAAAUGGCUUUUGUUUGGCUGUUGUUUUGGAGCACAAGAUGCUCACUGUAUUACAUUCAACACCUAGAGUGUUGGAUCAGGAAUGAAGCUUCCCGAUGAAAUCGUGCUUGAUAGACUGAUAACAGAAACGGGAAGAGAAUUAACAAUGCCUGUAACAAUUAGCAGGUUGAAUGAAUCCAAAACUAUUGUUGCAUUGUUUGCAGAGAAAAAGGAAAAUUCAGCAUGCAUCAGCAAGUUUGAGGAAAGGAGUUUCCUUUUAUCUGUGCCAAAAUUUAAUCUGAACUUAGAUGAAACCAU